ACUUCUCUUCUUUUUUUAGAUAAUUCAAAGUCAAAUUCUAGCACAUGUCUGAAUCAUUGCCUGCUAGUCGACAGACUUUACAGAAUAGUUAAUUCUCGUCGCAAGCAAGCUGCUCUCAUAGCUGACGCCAACGCAUACGCCAAUCAGCGUCUGCUUUCACUGGGUCGACACCUGCACUGCCUUGUAGAGGCAGGCCUGCCUGAUGGAAGGCUCUUGCGGCUUCCUCCAGCACCGGUGGCCAUUGAAAUGGAACUUACAAGGCUUCCAACCGGCACCGACGAUCCGUGUUCUCCCUUCGAAACGCUGUUGGAGGCAUCUGAGGAAUUUUACUUACUUUCACCUCCUUCCCCUCCUUCAUCUCCGGUUGUGCCAUCUCGCAGGUGCCAAACCAACCCGACUGGCCGCUUUGAACAGGAAUUUCGGCUGUACCGAUCUCUUGUCGAACGUUGGCACAAAUUGCAGGCCGGUUUCUGCCAUCGUGAAGCUCGUCUUCUCCAAGUAGAACGUAGCUACGGCCUGCUUAUCGAGUUGGGCGAAUUGAUUAGCCAACUGGAGCAGAGAUUCCUCUCACUCAUCGCCAUAGGUAGUACUGUUCCCACUCCAUCUUCCGAGGUCAGUGUGUCCUGUCCAUUACUAGCAGAACAGUCUUUUCAACCGACAGAACUCGUUCUGAAGGCUAGCGAGGAGGCCCAUUGUAUCUUCGAUCUUUCCAGUGAGAUAAGUCAACGACUAACUCGCGUGCAUGAUGACCUAAAUGCUAGACUCAAGCGAAGAAUACAGAUAAGUGAACAACUUGAGGAGAUAGUUUCUGGUUAG